AUGAGGCUCAUUUCCUACUGGUGGUUCCCCAUCAUCUCCGGCCUGAUGUGGCUGGCGACCCUCCUGGGCCUGCUGCUGCACUGGAUCCUCGACACGGACCGCGUGCACUACUCGUCCAUGGGCGACACCCAGACCAUCGCCUACAUCUCCGACGUGGGCGCCGCCGAGCUCAAGCCGCUGUUCGUCGUCGGCUGCUGCAUUACGACCCUGUUCCUCGACCUCUCCUUCGGCACCGACCGCUGGCUACGCCACAAGGGCCGCCUCGUGCCCAACACGAGCAGGGGCGAGAAGGUCCUCUCGGGCCUGACCAUCUUCUUCGCCAUAAUCGGCACCGUCGGCUUGACCUUCCUGUCGGGCUUCGACACCGCGCAUUACCCGACGCUGCACGAUAUCUUCCUGCUGCUGUUCAUUGCCGGAUACCUGCUCUCGGCCAUCUUCAUCUGCUGGGAGUACCAGCGCCUGGGAAUUAAAAACCGCGACCACCGCAUCCUGCGCAUCUCCUUCUGGAUCAAGCUGGUCUUCGUCAUCAUCGAGCUGCUGCUCGCCAUCGCCUUCGCCGUGAGCAACUUCCGCAAGAUGUACAACGUCGCCGCCAUCCUGGAGUGGGUCAUCGCCUUCAUCUUCUCCUUCUACGUCUUCUCCUUCUACAUCGACCUGUACCCGGCCGCCAAGACGUCGCGCGGCAUGGGCUUCAAGACGGCCGGCAUGAACACCUCGCCCUCGCCCCGCCAGAUGGAGGAGCGCGGCUUCGGCGCCGAGCCUGCCUACGCCGGCAACCCCCGCUACACCGAGGACAGCCAGCGGCCCCUGAACGGCCCCAGGGCCCCGGCGCCCACCCACUUCUAG